AACUUGCACGCAGCUGAGGUUUCCAUCCUUUCAGUUAAUCCGUUUGGAGAGGCAAAUGGAAAAUUUCUCUCUUUUAACCAUUUCUGGGCCACGUCUCCCCAGCUUUGCCUUGAAAAGCUUGCCUGAUUUAACAUGCCCUGUAGUACACACAGCCAGCUUGCCAGACUGCCUCCUCAUGGAAAUGCAGAGCGACGACCCCCUGAGACGCAACUGUGCCAUCUAUCGGCCCUGGUACUCUCCCUACAGCUACUUCGUGUGCAUGGACAAAAGCGCCCCGGUGGAUUCCUUCAGCUUACCCGGCAUUCUUGGAGUCAGCGGCGGAGACAUCCCAGUGGAGGCUGGUCAAGCUGAAGAGGCUUCCAACAGCGCCUCUUCCUCCUCCGGCUCCCUAGAGAAAGCUCGCCCCCAGGAGAGCAGCAGCAGGAAGGGUAGGCCCACGCCCGAGGCCAAGGACAGCAUCACGUCCCAGGACAUCCUCCUGGCCUCCAGGUGGCACCCCCUGCAGCAGAACGGUUACAAAUGCAUGGCCUGCUGCCGCAUGUUCCCCACUCUGCACUCCCUCAAGACCCACAUCAAGUGCGGGCUGAAGGAAGGCUUCAGCUGCAAGGUCUACUACCAAAAGCUCAAAGCUCUCUGGGAGAAGGAACACAAGUGUCAGGUCAACAAAUGCCCGGCGGGGGGUGGCUGCCACAGCCCCAGGAAGCUCAAAUAG